UCAUAGGAAAAAAGGUGCAGAAAAUAUUUCUCAAAUGAUAUCUGAUGGUAUUCAAACUGACGCACAGUCUCAAAAAUGUAUUCUUAGUUCUUCUAAUGAUAUAUUAUCACAACAGAGUCAAAUUUCUUCUACA